AUGCCAGCUCAUGCUGAGAGUUUACUUACUUCAGCUUCAUCUAUUCAAAAAUCUGAUUUUAGUAAAACUAUUUCUGCUAAAAAUUAUAGAAAACCAGCUUCAGAAAUACCUGAUUCAGAUGAUAAGUUCAUUAAUGACCUCAUAGAAAUAGAUUUUGUUCAGAGAAAAGAUCUGGCUACAGAUGUUGUAACUACAAAAUGCAAGAUCAAGCAACUAGUAAUUCUAGCAGCUACUGUAGAUCUUGGUGCUAAUUUUGCAAUUAUAUCUGAAGAUAUAACCAAACGAUUAAAGUUGGUAAUUGAUACAAAAGAUAAACAUGACUACAGAGGUAUUGCUACUAUUCCUACCGAAUCUCUUGUAACUACCCAAAAUGUACCAGUGGACUUUACUUCUGCAUUACCAGAUAAUUAUAGCAGAGCUAGACUCGAAGAGUCAUUACAAGACCUUAAGAAAGAAUUAUAUAUCACCCUCCAAGAUUCUUCUGAGAUAUCUUAUAUAAUGCUAAAUUGUGGGAUAGGGGCUAAUACUGAGAUCCAGAAAUUAUGUACUCAUAAUCUUGAACUCAUUGAUGAAGCUAGGCAUUUACAGAUUGAAAAUGCUAAUAAAGACAUUUCUCUUGCGAAGUUCAAAGCUGAGAAUGAUAUAAAAUCCAAGAAAAUCAAAUCACUAGAGUCUAUGAUCAAGAUAUUGGAAGGUAAGUUAUCUUUAGCUCAGAAAGAUGUGAUUUCGAUUCAAAGCAACUCAUUGAAAAAAGAAACUGAGAUCGUGCCUCUCAAAUCCAAAAUAGCUGAAUUGGAAAAUAUAAAGAGCAAAUUGAAAUCAAAGGUCAAUGAGCUUGAGUGUCUGAAAUUAAAGACUAUAUCGAAACCCAUAGUUGGUGGGGAUGACGAAAAAAAUAUUACUAAGUCUGAUAAUAUAUCUUUGGAUAGUACUGAUCUCAGUAAAUAUUUUAUAUAUAGAAAAAAUAUGGAUCAAACCAAAAAAACCAAUAGUAAUAUAUUGACAUAUACUAAUGAUGAGAUUACUGAACUAUCAAAAAAUAAUACCGAGGCCAACUCCAAGAUAAUAUAA